AUGGCUAAGAAUAGCUCAUUUGAACUCCCAAACACUUUCCAAUGGAAUAACUGGGCCGUACGAUAUGCCAAACUCCAGCACCCUUCACAACCCCCCAACACAAGCACGGUAGUUUUCGUGCAUGGCACCCCGUGGUCUUCCGAUGUCUUCCGGCCCAUUGCAGAUGCGUUGCUCGCCACACGCCGAUUCGACAUAGUUCUUUACGAUCUGCCGGGCUAUGGCCAGUCGCACGUCUUCAAUGCACAGGCGAGGGGCUCGGGUAGCGACACCGAGCCCGACGUUUCCGUUAGAGCUCAAGGGGAAUGCCUUGCGGCGCUGCUCAAGCACUUGAAGCUCGCUCCUCAGGAGGACGGGUCCAAGGCACCUCAUAUUAUCGCCCAUGAUAUCGCCGGUGUCAUCUCGUUCAGGGCUCAUCUCCUCGAAGGGUGUCAAUACCAGAGCCUCUGCUUGUUAGACACCAAUUGCGUCCUGCCCUGGGGCGAUGGGUUCUAUACCUUGGUGAGAGCCAACCCGGGGGUUUUCGAACAGCUACCAGGUGGUGUUUUCGAAGGUAUGUUGCGUGCUGUGAUCCAGAGCGCCCGAGUACCUGGGAGAGGUCUAAAUUCUGGCUGGGAGGAUAUCCUGGCCGAGCCAUGGCUUCCGGGCGACGAUAAGAGCCCGCAGAUCAACUUUGUGAGGCAAAUCAAGCAGUCCGACGAUCAGCACACGGCAGAGCUGCUGGACAAUAAUCUCUAUUCUAAUGUCGGCUGUGAUGUGAAGAUCCUCUGGGGCGAGGCAGAUGGAUGGAUUCCGCACGAUAAGAUGAUGAAGUUAUCAGAACUAUUGGGCCAACGCUUGAAAGAAUUUGUCGCUAUUCCGAACGCUGGGCAUCUGGUCAUGCUCGACCAGCCCGAGAGGGUGGCAUUAGAGAUUGCACGUUGGCUUGAGCGGUAG